AAUAUUCAGUCUGCGUUCUCAUUAUAGAGGCCUCACUACUUUCAUCCCGCGUAUUCGAACUCCUUUCAUCUUUCUCUCUCUCUCUCCAAACUCCUUCAUAGUAGUACAGUACUUACUGAUUUGCGCACCAAUUCUUCCUUGGCGAAAUGAAGAUGUCGACGUUCUUUGCUCGAUUUCUCCUCGCUUCAACUCUCAUCUUUUACUUCGCAACGUUCGCUUCCGGAGCCGCUGUAUUGCCGAAUGAUGAAGUGGAAGGUUUACGUGAAAUAGCGAAGAGGUUGGGGAAGACGGACUGGGAUUUCAGCGUAGAUCCAUGCAGCGGACAAUCUGGAUGGGUAAAACUCGACCAACCAAAAGGAUUUGAUAAUGCUCUUACCUGUAACUGCACCUUCUCGAACGCCACUGUGUGCCACGUCAUCAGCAUAGUCCUCAAAGCACAGAGUCUCCCGGGCACACUCCCACCAGAUUUGGUCAGGUUGCCUUACCUUCAAGAAAUAGACCUCACCCGCAACUACCUCAACGGUUCAAUUCCUCCCGAAUGGGGUUUCACCCAGCUGGUCAACAUUUCCCUUCUUGGAAACCGGUUAACGGGUUCUAUCCCCAAAGAGCUGGCAAACAUCACAACUCUCAAAACCUUUACGGUGGAGUUCAAUCAGCUUUCCGGAAAUCUUCCUCCAGAGCUUGGCAAUAUGCCCUCCAUAGAAAGAUUUCUCCUCAGCUCGAAUAAUUUUACUGGGGGGCUGCCUGAUUCAUUUGCAGGGCUGAUCACAUUGAAGGACUUUCGGAUCAGUGACAACCACUUUUCUGGAAAGAUACCCAAUUAUAUUCAAAACUGGAAAAAACUUGGAAAACUAGUGAUUCAGGCAAGUGGUUUGAAUGGGCCAAUUCCUCCUGGCGUUGCUCUUUUGGAAAAGUUAUCUGACUUGAGAAUUAGUGACUUGAAUGGAUCUGAAGAACCUUUUCCACCACUUAAUAAUCUGACACAGUUGAAGACACUGAUAUUGAGGAGUUGCAAUAUUACUGGACAGCUACCUGAAUUUCUCGGGGAUAUGGCAACGUUGAAAACCUUAGAUCUCAGCUUUAAUAAACUAAGUGGAGAAAUUCCAAGCAGCUUUGCCGGUCUACAAAAAACAGAUUACAUAUAUUUAACCGGCAACUUGCUAACUGGACAAGUGCCUCUGUGGAUGCUGAAUAAAGGAGACAACAUUGAUCUUUCCUAUAACAACUUCACAGUUGGGAAUUCAGGGUUAUCAGUUUGUCAACAACGUAGUGUGAACUUGUUUGCAAGCUCUUCGAUUGGCAAUAACUCUGGCAUGGUUUCGUGUUUGAGAAGCUUUCGUUGUUCACAUUAUUGGUACAAUCUUCAUAUAAAUUGCGGCGGAAAAGCAGUAACUAUCAAUGGAACUACUGCAUAUGAUGCUGAUACAGAUUCUGGUGGACCUUCAAAUUUUUUCCAGCGUGCACAAAACUGGGCAUUUAGCAGCACUGGUGACUUCAUGGAUAAUGAUGACCAAAUGGACCCACUUAUAUUUACAAAUUCAUCCAGACUAUCUAUGACCAACCCUGAACUGUAUAUGAAUGCACGCCUUUCUCCUCUCUCUCUAACUUAUUAUGCCUUUUGUCUGGGCAAUGGAAAUUACAAAGUAAACCUCCAUUUUGCGGAGAUAAUGUUCACUGAUGAUAAAACAUAUAGCAGCUUGGGAAGGCGUAUAUUUGAUAUUUACAUUCAGGGAAAGAUGGUAUGGAAGGAUUUCAACAUUGCAAAAGAGGCUGGUGGAGUUGGUAAGGCAGUUAUAACAACUUUUACUGCCACUGUGACUAGUAAUACCUUGGAGAUCCGUUUCUAUUGGGCUGGGAAGGGGACAACUGGUAUCCCGGACAGAGGAGUCUAUGGUCCUCUUAUUUCAGCUAUUUCUGUGGAUCAUGACUUUAUGCCCCCAUCGGAAAAUGGAACUGGUCUAUCUCUAGUUGUAAAGGUUGGGAUUGUCAUUGCUGGAGCCUUUGUUAUAUUUUUGGUUCUUGGUAUCCUCUGGUGGAAGUGCUGUCUAGGACUGAAAAAUAAAAUGGAACAAGAUUUAAAGGGUUUGGGUCGGCAAACUGGUACAUUUACCUUAAGGCAAAUCCAAGCUGCCACAAACAACUUCGAUGCUGCGAAUAAAAUUGGGGAAGGUGGUUUUGGUUCUGUUUAUAAGGGCCUUCUAUCAGAUGGUACCAUAAUUGCUGUCAAACAGCUUUCUUCCAAAUCAAAGCAAGGAAAUCGUGAGUUUGUGAAUGAGAUAGGCAUGAUUUCUGGUUUGCAACACCCUCAUUUCGUUAAGCUCUACGGAUGCUGUGUUGAAGGAAAUCAAUUGUUGCUAGUAUACGAGUACAUGGAAAAUAAUUGUCUUGCUCGUGCUUUGUUUGGGCCAGAAGAAUAUAAGUUGAAAUUGGAUUGGCCAACAAGACACAAGAUUUGUGUUGGUGUAGCAAGAGGUUUGGCCUAUCUGCAUGAAGAAUCGAGAUUGAAGAUUGUGCAUAGAGACAUCAAGGCUACUAAUGUCUUGCUUGAUAAAAAUCUUAACCCUAAGAUAUCUGACUUUGGUUUAGCCAAGCUUUAUGAAGAGGAUAAUACCCCCAUGAGAACACGAGUUGCUGGAACUUAUGGAUAUAUGGCACCUGAAUAUGCAAUGCGGGGUUAUUUAACUGACAAAGCAGAUGUUUAUAGUUUUGGAAUUAUUGCCUUAGAAAUUGUCAGUGGAAUGAGCAACACUGGUUAUCGGCCAAAGGAGGAAUGUUUUCAUCUUCUUGAUCGGGCACUUGUUUUAAAAGAGAAAGGGAGUUUGUUGGAACUGGUUGAUCCAAAGUUGGGCUCAAACUACAAGACGGAAGAGGUUAUGGUGAUGAUCAAUGUGGCCCUCUUAUGCACUAAUGUUUCCCCAACAGUCAGGCCUCCCAUGUCUGCAGUGGUGAGAAUGCUUGAGGGUAGGGCUGUUGUUCCAGACUUGGUUCCUGAUCCAAGUGUCUCAAACGAUGAAAUGCAAGUGAAGGCACUCUCGAAGCAUUUUCAAGUUUCAACACAGUAAAGAACAGAAUGUGUAAAGCCCCGGUAGAUAAAAGAGUAAUGAUAGAAACUACAUUUUUAGCUAAUAA